AUGUACACCCACCCAAACGGGGUGGUGACGUUUCUGGCGCCCCCGGAGGGCUAUGUCGUCGAUUUCGACAACCCUCCAAGGACCGGGGUGCCCGACUGUUGGUUUAUUGCUGGAUUUGGCAUAGGAUUGGCUGUGCUCUUCCUGGCCCAACGGAUCUACACCAAGGUAGUGCUGGGUGGUGGUCUGGAAUGGGAUGACUUCUUCCUCUUCCUGGCCGUGGUUUUGCAAUAUGCAUCCAUGGGUUUCACCAUUCAUAUGUGUGCCCACGGGCUCGGCGGUGUGCACAUCUGGGAGCUUCCCAUUGACAAGUACAUCAAGUAUCUCAUAGUAAGUGGCGGAACUCUUGAAGAGCCUGUUGCCCGUGGAGGGACGCAGCUGCUCACGAGCCUCCAGGAUGUCUACCCGUCAGCAUGGCUCUACAACGCCUCGACGGCGAUGAUCAAGAUCUCGCUGCUCAUCUUUUACCUCCGGCUCUCGCCGCAAAAAUGGUUCCGUGUCGCGAUUUGGGUGACCAUCGCCAUCAUCACCAUGUAUACGCUGGGGAUCUGCACCCCCCUCAUCUUUUCGUGCAAGCCCAUCUCGAUGAACUGGGAUCCGUACAUCACCGAGGGAACGUGCCUGAACCGACCGACUCUGUACAUCCUCACGGCGGCGACCAACAUCAUCAGCGACUUGAUCCUCUUCGUCCUACCCAUCCCGAUGGUGAUCAAGCUGCAGAUCCCGACGCGGCAAAAGAUUGGCCUUGUGGGCAUUUUCGGCGUGGGGUCUCUGACGGUCAUCACCUCGAUCGUCCGGGAGGCGAUCCUGCCGCAGCUCCUGACCAACCCGGACGCUACAUGGCUCGUGGCGCAGGCCAGCAUCUGGACGCUUGUCGAAGGCAACCUCAUGACCAUCUGCGCGUCGAUGCCGACGCUGCGCAAGUUCCUGCGGCACGUGGCCCCCAAGCUCAUCGGCGAAUCGCGCUAUGGCAGCAACAAGAAGCCGCGGUCGCGCGAGUACGACAAGUCGCAGCCGGCGAGCCGGACGCUGGUGCCACUGUCUCAGUCGCGGCGAGAUCGCAACCAGUACUCGCAAUUCGACAACGAGCACGGCAGCGGCAGCGGCAGCGGCAUCGGCAACGACACCUUCAUCAUGGGCCCCGUGCGCAACGGGCGCAAGGCCUGCAGCGGCGGCGCAAACAACAGCGGGGGCGAGGAGGGCACGAGCUGGGGCGACAGCGACUCGGAAAGGGCCAUCAUUGCCGAGACCGGGUCCAAGACGAUCGUGCAGACGACGACGAUCCGGGUCGAUGUCGAGCAGGCGGACCCGCCUCGCAAAUCGGCCACCUCGUGA